UCAGACGAUAUCCUCUUCAAACUUCCUCAUUUUCUCGAUUUAUUUGAGACGUGUCUUCGCUUCGAAAUCAUGUUGUUGAGCAUUUUAUCUCUCGUAUUUCUUGUUCAUUCAAUUCAAGGAUCAAACCAAUGCGCGCGCACAAACCGUUUGCCGUCACGUGACUGUACCAUUGAAUGUACUCCCCAAAUUGGUUGUUAUCACAAAAGAAAGAAGUGUUUGUGCGAUGGAGAUUGUGGAUUCAGUUGCGUUUAUCCCAGACAGCGUUGCACUAAACCAAACAGAGUGAGAAAUGGUCGAAUUAUUUAUAAUUCUUUUAAAUUCAACGGAACUCAGAGAGUGGUUUGUAACAAAGGCUAUAAAUUAUAUGGCUCCUCUGUUAGAAUUUGUCGUGGAAACGGUUACUGGGACGGAAGACCUGCACGAUGCAAAAGACCUCAAGUUUGGUGUCAAGAUCCAGGAACAAACGGAUUAUUGCUUCGUCAAUUUCAACCAAAGAAAAAGUAUAAAUUAAGAACAAGACUUCGUUUUUACUGUCCUCCAUGGUUUACUUUGAGAGGAGCGAAGGAACUUGUUUGUCGAAGUAAUGGUAAUUGGUCUCAAUCUUUACCACGAUGUAUUGCACCUAAAUGCCCAAGGGCCGUGCUACCUGCUAACACAAAAGUCAUUAUUCCAAGAAACUGGCAGAGAAAGCGAGUCUACGGAACACAGUUAAAUCUUUUAUGUGAUUUUGGUUACGUUUCGACGAAACGGGGAUUUUUAGUUUGCGAUGGUGUAGGAUGGAGACUGGAACCAAGUGAUUAUAAAUGCUUUCCUAAAAGUUGUCCUCAUCCUGGCAGGCCAAGAAAUGGAAAUGUGAAGGGAAAAUAUCAAUUUUCAGAACAAGUAAAGUAUUCAUGUCAUUUUUGCUAUAAACUCAAUGGUCCAUCUUACAGAAUUUGUCAAGCAAAUCAAAAAUGGAGCGAUAGAUUGCCAACUUGUGAUCCUGUGACGUGUCCUCUUCUGACACAUCCUUCCCAUGGCUACCUUGUCUCAAAUUCACAACAAUGUGGUGACGUUGUCCAGUAUCGUUGUGAUCAUGGUUAUCACGUGAUUGGUUCUGCAAAACGACUUUGUCAGAGUGAUGGAACGUGGACAGGACAAGAACCCGUAUGUCGAUCUAACAAAAAUCCUCUUCCAUUGACAACGCUUCCAUCAAAAACAGUUGUCAAUCGUAAAAUCCAAGUUCCCACAAGAACAGCUGACAUUUUGACACCAUCCCUCUCCAAUAUUUUCUUGAACUCAACUUGUGGUGCUCCUUCUAUUCCAUUAAACGCAAGAGUGGUGUUGGUUUCAGGGUUGAGAACUAUUUUUAUCGUUUGCAAAUCAAAUUUUGCGAUGUUAAAUCCUGGUAAAAUGAUUUGCGGUCAUGAUGGGCGAUGGUGGACGUUGAAGAAUGUGAAAUGUUUAGCACAAAGUUGCCCGGCACCGCGUACUCCUAAAAAUGGUCACAAAAAUGGGCUGUCAUAUUUUAUCGGCGAGUCCGUGACGUUCACCUGUGACGCUUGUUACACAAUGGUGGGAGAUGGAAAAAUAACUUGUUUAGCGAAUAAAACUUGGAGUAAAUCUGAACCGUCAUGUGAACUUAAGACAUGUUCACGCCUCAAUGAUACGCAAUAUGCUACUGUAUCUUACAUCUCACAUCACUGCAAAUCAAUAGCUACCUACACAUGUAAAUCAUCACUAUCAACUAUGUCGGGUUCAAGAAAAAGAGUUUGUAACACCGGUGGAUUAUGGGAAGGCUCUGCUCCAACAUGUAGUCUUCCCAACGUGAAUAUCGCUCUUUGGAAAACCGUGUUUUUGUCUAGUCAAUCGAAAAAAUAUAGUAAUCCUCCUCACUUCUUAGUUGAUGGUAAGAAAAAUGGGGGCUAUAUUCACACAAAUGAGGAAAAUGGACCGUGGGUUCGUGUUGAUUUAGGGAGAGAGGAAACUGUUUCGACUGUGAUUGUUUUCAACAGAGUAGAUUGUUGUAUCAAAAGAAUUGAUGGCUUCAAGAUUAUGGUUGGAAAUAAUUCUACGCAUCCAAAGUACAACACCCACUGUGCUUAUCAACGCGAUGCGCGUGGUGGCCCAAACCUCGUUAAUUGUCCUGAGCCCGGUAUCCGUGGAAGGUUUGUGUUCUUGUAUGUUGAUUACAGAACAUCGAUUGCGAUACACGAACUGGAGGUUUAUCGACGAAAGAAAAAAAAUUAAAUUUCAAAUAUUGAAGAAGAUUAUGUAUCUAGAACCAAUAUUAAAUUCUUAAAUAUGAA